AUGUCUAAAAGGAAGGCCACUGAUUUGCAGACUACUGAAUGCACACGUCAAACAGAAGGACGUAAAAUUGCAAUCAAUUUUGGUGACCAUGAUGAUAAGGGAGAGAAUUAUUUGCUUGAUGAGAAGGGAGAUAAUUAUUUUAUUGAUUAUACGAGAGGAGAGGACCGGAUUAGCGAGCUGCCCGACGAAAUUCUAAUUGCCAUUGUUUCCCUCUUGGACAUUUGGGAAGGAGGAAGAACUUGCGUAAUCUCCAAGAGGUGGAGAUUUUUGUGGGCAAGUGUUACAUGUCUGAACUUUGAUGACAAGAGGUGGGGAUUUACUGAGCGUCUCAGGAAACCAUGCAUUUGUGGUUUGUUUAAAAUCUUGCAAUCGCAUCAGGGUUCAACCUUAGAGAGAUUGAGGAUUAGCCAUUGCGAUUUAGAUAGCGAAUGCUGUCGUUCUGAUGUCGAUAAUUCGAUCGAAAGUGCAAUAUUGCAGAAGAGAGUUCAAAGGCUUGAGAUAGAUGAUGUUCGUUUUUCUAACGACCCUUAUAUCUUUCCAGAGAGGCCAUUCAAAAUCCCUUUUGGUUUUUCCUGCAUCAAGUCCCUCACACACCUCAGCUUCAACAACACAAACAUACAUUGUCGAAUUGUUGGCCACUUUCUAUCUCACUGUCCACUUCUUGAGCACCUGUGUAUUCGUAGCUCCUCUGAAAUAUAUGUUUUGAAAGUCGUCGGUCCCUCUCUCCGGUUGAAGUUUCUGCAGAUAAGUGACUGCCCUAGCGUAGUUAAAAUCGAGAUCUUUGCUCCUAAUCUCGUGUCGUUUAUCUACGACGGAAAAGGUCCAUACAGAACAGGAAUUGUUAUGAAGCAUGCACCCUCGCUUGUCAUGCUAUCUCUUGCAGAAACUGAUGAUUGUAUAUCCAAAGCUUUCCGGUCGGUUUCAAGUUGUUUUUCUCGUCUGCAGACUCUCAGCCUGCGUAUUGGUCUCGGACAAAGGAGUAUUAUGCUCCCAGAGUCUCCAGAAUUAUCUAGUCUCAAAAAGCUAUCUUUGACGAUACAUAUGGGACAAAAUUCGAAAAUCCUCAUGGAUUUGACUUCCUUGAUAGAGCGAUCUCCUUUCUUGCAUAGAUUGGAAUUACGGUUAAAGUGGAGCGGCUUGUUUACGUAUUGUACGAGUAGUAUGCAGAAGAUUAACAAAUGUCCUCAUCCAUGCCUUAAGGUUGUGAAAAUUUCAGGCUUCAUUGGGUCUCGUAUGGAUACUAAGUUUGCCAUGUACUUAAUUGAGAACUCUCUUGUGCUCGAGAAGCUCAUCUUUGAUCUUCAAAAGAAUUAUGAUUUUCUGAGUUUGAAACAGUACCUAAGUAGAAAGACAACCAAGAAGAAAAUAGAGGCAACAAGAAAGCAUGCUUUGCAGAUUGGGAAGCAACUUCCACCAGGAGCCGAGUUAAUUGUCAUAUAA